AUGCUGUCCGUGCCGGGCGUCGGCGGCGGCCCGUCGCCGGGCUUCGGCCCCGGCGAGGGCGGGUCGGGCGCGGGCUCCGGAGGCGACUUCCUCACCCGCUACCGCCUGGUGUCGGCCAAGCUCCGGCGGCGGUUCCUGCGCAAGCCGAACGUGUCGGAGGCGGCCGAGCAGUUCGGGGCGCUGGCGCGGGAGCUGCGCGCGCAGGAGAGCCUCCCGUACGCGGCCUGGUGCCAGCUGGCGGUGGCGCGCUGCGCCCAGAGCCUCGGGCACGCUUCGGGGGAGGCGGCGGCGCUGGGCGAGGCGGCGCGCCUCUGGCUGCGCCACGACCGGGAGCUCCGCCUGCGGCAGGGCCCCGGCCUGGGCCUGUCCGAGCACUUGCCCGCCGCGCAGAGCUGCGUGGCCUUCGGCGCCCGCCUGCACUUCGACCUGGGCCAGCCGGCGCUCGCCGCCGGGCUGUGGCUGGAGCUGGGCAACGAGCUGCGCGCUGCCGGCGAGCCGGGCGAGGCCGUGCCGGCGCUUAUGCGCGCCGCGGACCUCCUGGCCACCGGCCACUUGCCCCUGGAAGCGCUGCGCUGCCUGCGCGAUGUGGCCUCCUGCCUGCUGCUCUGCCGCGACCACGACGGCGCCCUGACCGUGCUCACACAAGCCCAGCUCCUGGCCCAAGGUGGCCCUGGAACCGCCGCCAGCGGAGCUGGAGCAUCUUCCGGGGCUGCUGCUGCCGCCGCCACCGCCUCAUCUACAGUUAUCAGUCAGCUGCCGGGCGCCUUCCUCGAUGAGCUGCUGCACUGUGAGGUGACCCGCGUGCUUCUCUUACUCCUGCUCCAGCCACCGCCCUCAAAGCUUCUGCCUGAACAUGCCCAGACCCUCGAGAAGUACUCCUGGGAGGCCCUCGAUGCCUCGCCAGGCUACGUCCCCUCUGAGCUCUUCCUGCUUCUCCAGUCCGCUGUCAUGGCUUGCCAGGAGAAAGACUUGGAGGCGCUCAAGGUGCUACAGAAGGAGCUCUGGCCACUGCUGACUCCUGAGCAAAACCACAUCCUUCAUUUAGUCGUGCAAGAGAUGAUUAGCCCCUCUGGCCAGGGGGUGUAAUCUAAAACUCCUUCCCAGGCGAGGCCUACCUUCCCAAAGACUACAUCCAUGCCCCUGAGCAUCUUGAAUAGGGCUUGUUUUGACAGAGAUACUUGUACAUAAGUGCGCUGAAGGAGAACUGCUCUGGUUUACAGAAGGAGGUGGUAUUCCUCUCUUCUCAACUUUUAUAAUCACCAGCUUGCUAUUUUCUUAAUGAUUCCCACAUUUUUUCUCUGAAUGCUCAACAGUGCUACAAAGGAAGUUCUGCUUACACCCUAGGGACUUAUUUUCUGGUAUUCCAGGUCUGUUAAAUCCUUGCAUUCUGUGGACAUCAUUAAGGACUUGAGAGAAUUACAUGGCACGCCUAAAGAACUUUUACUGUUGCACUGGUUUUCACUUCUGAGGGCUUUACAGGACUCUUCUUUCAUCCCCAGUCACAUAAGAGAUUAUUGUAUCUGUUGCAAUGUUUCUCCAAUGUUUAAUUCUGAUUCUUGUUUGUACUUCAUUUGUGAGUCUUUUGUUUUAAAGAACUUGAGAUGGCAGAUAAUGGGAAUUUCAGAAAUUUUCCAUGAAAAUAAACCUGAAUAGAAUAGUA